UUUUGUCGGAAAAGAUCCCUGAUCCCUUGUUUAUCGUCUGUUCCUAUUAUGUAUUUGUCUAGCUGUAAACUACGGUUACUAGUUUGCACAGGGAUGUAGGACGUCUCCUCUCACUCGAGACCAGCGCGCAGAAAUGAUGACCGCGAGAUUUUAAUAUUUCGUCUCCGCUUCCAGCGAAUCGCUGUACAUCAGCUUCCAUCCGCAAUCCUGAUUCUGAAUGGUUCCCGGUGAGGCUGUGUGUGAGGCGAGGGAGGGGAUACUGCAGCUGCCACGUCCGUAUGUUGGAAGAGAGCUUGACUGAAGCACAACAAAAGAAAGGAAUGUGCAGAGAAGAGAGAUCGGAGCUAGGCACGGCCUUGCAGUGGCAGUUAGGCGCAUAUUUAACUUCAUCUGUGCAUUAGCAUCUCCGGCUCGGCAAACAGCGACCCCGCUUUCCACAGCUGCCCUGUGUCCGGCGAUCCCAGCGCCCUGUUGUUGCAUACGUGCUGUAUACAGACGGAGGGCACUUCUUGGACAACGCAGCUCACGAAGUUGAUAUCAGCGCGUUUACGGCCUUUGCGUUAUUAGUGCGUAGAACUGUUCUUUGCGCGAAGGUGUUAAUUUAAAGACACACUGUGUUUUCUUCUUGUUUCAGCGCUGUUUUCGACGGAGGAGUGUCGAUUUUGUCUGGAAUUGUCUCGUCGCUGUACUGCUCCCUUUGUUCUCCAUAAUACGUGAUUUGGGCUUCUCGGUACACCGCUGUAGGUUUUCAGCAAUCCAGGAUAUUUGUAAUUUGUUACCUUUCCGCUGAGGGAUCUGGCUUCCGGAAAGGGACAUAACCUUUGCGGUUUCGCUCACUGAAACACGCUUCGCUUCCUCAAACUAGGGGCAGAGGCUUAAUCUGGACUGGCAGGCGUGUUGGUGUGGCGUGGGAGGUCCUGAUGCUGAGCUCGGGCAGAAUGGAGGAGUUUGAAACCGAGGAAGAGGAGCCGUGGUAUGAUCAGCAUGAUUUGGAGCAAGAUCUGCACCUGGCCGCGGAGCUGGGGAAGACUCUGCUGGAACGCAACAAGGAGCUGGAGGACUCCCUGCAGCAGAUGUACCUCACCAACGAAGAACAGGUGCAGGAGAUCGAGUACCUCUCCAAGCAACUAGAGAUGCUGCGGGAGAUGAAUGAACAGCACGCCAAGGUCUAUGAGCAGCUGGAUGUGACGGCCAGAGACCUGGAGCUCACCAACCAGAGGCUUGUGCUGGAGAGCAAGGCUUCACAGCAGAAGAUAGAACGCCUAACAGGGACCAUCGACACCCUGCAGGCCCAGGUCGAUGCUUUGCAGAUUCAGGUGGAGGAGAUGCGCUCACUGGAGCAGCUGAGAGUCCGCAGAGAGAAGAGGGAAAGACGCAAAACCAUUCACUCCUUCCCCUGCCUCAAGGAGCUCUGCUCUGCUCCCAGGUACGAGGAUGGCUUUGUGAUCCGCAGCUCGGCAUCGGAACUGGAGGCCAAGCCGCUGGAGCAGGAGAACGAGCGGCUGCGGGAGACGGUGGCGUCUCUGCGCUCGCAGGUGCAGCAGGAGCGGCAGCGGAAGGAGGGCGCCGAGCGGGAGUGCACCGCCGUCCUGCAGGAGUACACGCAGCUGGAGCGCCGGCUGCGCAGCGCGGAGGGGUGCCAGCUGCGCAUCCGCGAGCUGGAGACGGAGCUGCGCGAGCUGCAGCAGAUGAGGCAGACCAAGACCUACGUGCUGAGCGGAGAGGACGGCCUGGCCCAGACCCUGCUCAACAGCGCCCCCGAGAGCGACACUCUGGAAGAGCCCCUGGCGGAGGAGGCGAGUCGGAGCCGGGGCCUGCCCUCCUCCAGCCCCGUACGGAAGAGCUGCAGUGACACGGCCCUCAACGCCAUUGUGGCCAAGGACUCCUGUGGGCGCCAGCAGGGCAGCUAUGCCCUCCACGCCAACAGCGUGCGCAAGAGAGGCAUGUCCAUCCUGCGGGAGGUGGACGAGCAGUACCACGCCCUGCUGGAGAAGUACGAGGAGCUGCUGGGCAAGUGCCGGCGCCACGAGGAGAGCCUCCGCCACGCCGGCGUGCAGACCUCCCGCCCCGUCUCCCGGGACCCGUCCAUGAAGGACUGCCGUCCCCCGGACAGCGCGGGGCCCCCACACCCCGAGACUGUGGAGAGCAUCAGCAAGCAAGUGGAAGCGGUGGACAAGCGCCUGGGUCAGAACACCCCCGAGUACAAGGCGCUCUUCAAGGAGAUCUUCUCCCGCAUCCAGAAAACCAAAACGGAUAUCAACUCCACCAAAGCCGGAAAGACCAGCAAGUGAAAACCGGCCAGGCUGAACCACAUGGAGGACUGCUGACCAAGAUGUGAGGGGACUGACAGGACCUACUGUCGUAGAAUGCUUUAGUUUAGUUCACUCUGUUAGACAGCAGCCCAUCCGUGACAUUUAUUGAUUUAAUUGCAAUAUGCAUUAAUUGCUUUGUCUGCCUCAGUCCAAUGCUGAGUCGGGAACCUGAAAGUUUGUUUGCGACGAGCUGAUUGCAGAUGCCUACAGAGUGGGGAAGGGGAGUGUUGUAAAUGAGUCUGGUAACAAGCACCCGUCUUCAGGGCAGCAGUGACUGAGUGGUGGGUAAUCGCAGGCCUUGCAUUGUGAAAGCAUUCUUUUCGCCUCCUGCAGAUGUCGUGGGUACUAAUCAUACAGCAUUGUGUGCUCUGCUCACUAAGCAGCCAUUUGGAUUUUUUUUAUUUUUAAGGAAAACAAAAUGUAUCUUCAGGAAAUUUCUCAGGGGUUUCUAGAAGAUUUGGGCAUCAGACUCUUCUUCUAAAACUUUGGAACAAAGGUUAAUUAAGGGUAAUUUGGCUUUUUCUGUCUAUAUGCAUGUUAUUUUCUGGUUCAAUUAUGUCUGAAUGACUUAAAUACUUACAGUAUCAGUCUCAAGAACUGUAUACAGCCAUCAGCACUACUGAGAGAUUUCUGUACAAUUCUAAAGGUCACUUUCACUCCGACCUGUUCACUGGCUCUGUUCGCUAGGCAUUUGACUGUCAUCUCUCUUGUACUGCAGCUCAGUUGUAGUUCUUCCUAAGAACACAUUUACACAUUUCCUAAACCACUCAGCAUGUGCACUGCAAAAAACAUUCUAAUACUGUUAAAUUCCAAACAAACCUGCAAGUAAUGAAUGUGAGCCUUUCCAUUGAGAAGCUUAUAAAGCUAACUGGAUUGAGGCUCACCAGGACCAGGGUUGGCUACCCCAAGUUUAGAGCAAAAGGCUGGGUGGGGCAGAUUGUAGCACCCUGCCGAAUUCCUUUCAGUCGCAUGUGGAAGUUACUUUCAGAAUGGGGAGAAACAAAGUGAUGUCAAGGAAUGUGCUGAGAAUUAGAGCUACCUCUUUAACUUGUAUUGUUCAGUCUUGGACUAGGCUUACUUCCUAUUCUACUGUUAUCAUUUCUUUCAACUCUGCAAUUUUAACUCCCACCCUUCUCCUGCACAAUUAAGGUUGUAUCUGUAUCUUGAUGUAGCUAAAUUUGCAUAGCUUUAAGUGAGCUUCCUAGCUUUAGGCAACUGUAGCUAUACGUAUUUGCUACUUGAAUAGGGUAGUACAACUGACUCUGUUGCUUUAGCUACAAUACCACUUAUAAAUCGCCAAUAACUUUCAUGUAGGCCAGGGAAGGGUAGCUUCAGUAAUUUAAGAGGGCAGCUUCUUAAAGUAUUUAUCAGUUAAGUAUUUUACUAUACUCUAUAUAUCUAUUAGCAGGAUACUGAAACAUUUCACAUCUUGCUUAUUAUACUCUUUUUAAUUUCAGUGCACAGCUACAAAAUUUUCAGAACACUAGUCCAGUAUGAUAUUUCCUUUUGUUAAUUUUAGUGUGAAAGUUUAGUGUUAGUACAGAUUGGCAUGUUUAAGCCGGUCAAUCACAACAUCAGAGACAGAUGUGGAAAACGUUUUCUUUUGUUCACUCUUCUUAAGAACCUGAGGGCCUGUGAGGGGUUCAGAAUGUGAACAGUUCAGAUAAGGAGGCUUAUCCAAUUUAAGUCGCACUGCAGUAAGAUGGGUGUAUCAUUAUUUUUGUUGCCAGACCAGUUUCAACAUUCCACACUUUCUUGCUCUUUUUGCUACUUCUUGGAGAAAGCCUGUUACACCAGCAUGAUCCAGGCCUGGUCUGUGCCCUGAGUCUCCUAGCUUUGGUGGCAGCUAAGAUCUUUAUUGCAUGUGGUAUUCGAACAUUGUACCAAACUAUCUCAAUGAGAUAUUUCAGAAGCUAUUUUCACGGCUCAGUUCCUGGUUUCAGAUAUACUGCUAUUACUUAUAACAAUUACUUAUAAGGUAUAGCUGCUAUUACUUAUAACAUGCAGAAUUCUAUCUGUCAUUAAUACAUUUUCAGGAAAUAGUUACACCCCUAUAGCUGCCUUAAAAGGGUACCUCUUAAUGACCUACAGACAGUUGGGAAUCACACAUCUUUAAUAAGCCAUCUUUAUUAUGUAAGAACUUAUCUGUAUCAAUUCUAGACAUUUGGUUAUUGUACCAAUAUAACUAAGAAAAGGAAAUAUUUAAAUCCACCAAUUGUAGAGUUAGUUAAACGUAUCCGAUUUUUAUUGGUGAAAACAGUUAUAUAAAGGUCUCAUUAACCAGAUGAUUCAAUGAAAGCUCCAAUUGGGCUGGAACAAAACUGGGAAGGUUUAGAAUGUGCCAUGAACUGAGAUUAGGAAAUGUCAUGUUCUUCACUUUUGUGACAAGUUGUCUUUUCUUGCUGGUGGUAUAUUCUGCCAUCUCUCUGGGACUUGCACUAGUAAGAAUCUGGCCUCCUGCUGCACAGAAUAGCUCCCUGCACUGCAGCACUUCAGAAUUGGAGCUGUUUCUGACUUUCCCGCUGAAUUCACGGAGAGAGGGGGAUGCAUGAAGCAGUUUACCAUAACACUCGACUGUGGAUGUCAACUUCCCUGCUUUCAGGAGCUACUGGAACUAUUAAUAAGUUACAAAAUUGCCUAAUAAACUGAAUUCAUUACCUGUUAAGUAGUUCUGUAUGAUUUGAAGCACUUGGAUGAAUCUCAGCUCUGUGGGAAUAUCAGUUUGGAGAUGUUUUGCUCCAGGAAUGGGAGUGACAAUCCUUGAAAGAGUCAUGAAAGCAAUAACACAACUGCAGCCCCACUCUCAAGAUCCAGUUCCCACAGUGAACAUGGCCACAUUUCUAGGAGUUUUGCUGAGUUCAUAUUGCUGAAAGGCAGCUCCAUGGGUUGGAGCUAAUGAUAAUGCAAGAGAUCCAGCAGUACAGAGAACACAGUUGGAUUUUAUUUAGUGUUAUAAAGGACUUGCAGUGACUCAGUCGAAUUCACUUGCAGACCUCUGGAGAUGCUCUAUCAACAGAAGCUUACAUUUGCUAAUACAGUAGAUGGCCCCAGUUAAGCCUGAUGGAACUUUUUUGAUACCAUAUUUAUUCUAUUGUAAAAAAAAUAUAUAGGCUCUGCCUUACAGAGCUAGCCUUUCACUGUUAAGCCAUGGAAACUGUGAUUUGUUUCAACAUUGCUGUUUAUACUGAGCCUUGCUGAUGCUGGCACCUAACAGGUUUAAAAAACUCCUGCCAAAACAGUGUUCCUCUUGCGCUUGGGAUUGGGCAAGAAAGUGUGACUGCGAAUCCUUCUGUGCAAGCAAGCUCUAUUGCCUAGCAUCUUUCUAUGCACUAGUUACAUUGCCAUACAUUUACUGAAUACUGUACAUAUCAAAGCCGCGUUGUAGGACUAAACAGAGCAAGGCCUAUAUGCAAGUGUCAAAUCCAUUACCAAGCCAGUUCAGAACAACUGAGUCAGAAAUUAGAUGUUAGAUAUAAUUUCAAAACCAGAUUAAGUAAUUCUAUACCAGAUCAAACAUGGUGAUGUCGCAUUGAUAACAUGUAGACCUGAUGAGCAAAAUCUUAUCAAUACAUCUCAUAUCGGUUAAUGUCCUAUGUUCGGGACCCUUUUGUCUUCUGGAUGCGUUUAUAUACCUUGGGGAUUUGUGAUCAUAUUUGAAAGUUGGUGAAGCAAUGCUGCAGUAUUGUAAAUGCCAAUCGAAGUGCUGAGACAAGUUUGUUCUCCAGCUAAAUAUAGACCAGCUGCAAAACAUGUCUUCUGAGUUCUUUAUUAAUACUCCCAACUUGUCAUGGAAGGCAGAUGCACAUGAUUGAUGCUUUAAUAAAUCCCUGUCCACAGUCCUUUUUCCUUGGUCUGUUUUGGAUCAAACACACUGCUCUUGCUCCUAGUGAAAAGCUAUACAAGGACCGAGGUCCAAGGACCUUUUCCCAAUAGUAACAAUAUUCCACCCUCCGUAUGCUGGAGCCCAGCUCAUUUAAAAUUGGAAGGGAUUUUUAAGAUGAUGGAAAAAGUAAAGGAGGUUGCUGUUGAGUUACUGUUGUCAUUCAGUUAUUGUCUGAUUCCUUUUUUUCCCCUUGAAAAUAAAAUACACAGCCUUUUGCCAUUUAAAUGAACAUAUUCUAAUGUCACAAUGAGUUUAAAAUGGAACCCUGAGUCUCGCCACAGUAAAACCCAAACUCUGGUCACUGCCUUGAGGUAGUUGCUCUAGACUGGUGCCUUAGUCAGGGCAACAUUUUCAGAGCCCUUGUACAAAAGUGGGGAAUGAGCCCAAUUUUAAACCAGGGUAAAAUGAAAAUCAUUGUGUACCACACAAUGUGAAAGCUUUCCAAGCAGUAGCAGUGGAACUCAAAUUGCUUAUAGAUGAGAAGAACAAAAGGGUGCUUAUGUACUUUUAGCAGCUGCAGUGUAAAGCACGCUGCUACUGACCUGCUAGGUCUCAGUCACAAUCUGCAGGGUCUUUAACCAAAGCUUAAGACCUAACCCAGGCUGCAGCUCAAUGGCUGUGUGCACAGAACAACACGGCAGAAAUAAGGCCUCAUCCUUAUCCAUUGUCGGUCUGGGUUCUCUCAGGGUAACUUCACUGUUUGAGAAUGGAAUUGGGAGCGUCAUUUAGAGGUUACAGACGCAGACAUAAAGGGAGACAUUGGAAAAGUUGCCAAAUUGUGUAGUGGAGCUGUUUCCCCACUGCCUUAAUAAGGAACAAUUUUGUUUGAAACGGUAUACUUCAGGAUAUAGCAAUGUUUAGGAGUCUUCAAAAUUGCACUUAGAAAUGCUUCCUAAUGUCUCAUGUAUUGUAUUAAUUUGAGCAUUUCCAUACUGUUGGACUCACAGAAUUAACAAAAUGCUUCCCUGUGUAUAUGAGUGUUCUUAUUCCAAAAGCAUUUUCCCACAUCCUUUACUAACACCUACAAGGAGAAUUGGUUAGAAAAUCUUAAUGUGAUGACUUAUGAAAGUUUGAAUUUUAUUAUUGUCUUGCUGUGUCCUACAUGUUGAAAAACAUUCUUAAAUGGUGCCAUAUAAUUAUGUUGAAAACUUUCUUCAAAUCUGUAAAUAAGCUUGUUGUAUUUAAGUUAGCUCUCACCAGUUUAAUGCUGUCCCAUAGUGUAAUAAUUUAAAUGUCUGUAUUUAACCCACUGUCUUCUGUCUCUGCCAUAUUAAAGCAUUUCCAAGCAAA